AGACAGCAACCUCUAAACUGAAGCAGACAAAAUCAUUCUCUCUCUCUCUCUCUCUCUCUCUCUCUCUCUCUCUCUCUCUCUCUCUCUCUCUCUCUCUCUCUCUCUCUCUCUCUCCCCCUCCUCCUCCUCCUCCUCCUCCUCCUCUCCCUCUCCUUCUCCCUCUUCUUCUCCCCCCUCUCCCUCUCCCUCUCCCUCUCUGCCCCCCUCUCAUUUCUCUGUGUGUGUGUCUGUUUGUCUGUCUCUUUCUUUCUCUGUGUGUGUGUGUCUGACUCUCUCACUCUCCUCUCUCCCUCCCUCUCUCUCUCUUUCUCCCUCCCUUUCUUCCUCUCUCAUCUCUCUGUCUCUCUCUUGUGUAUGUGUGUGUGUCUCUCCCUCCCUUUCUUUACUGAUUAUCAGUGCCUCACUCCUUUCUUUCCUUCCUCUUCAUUUCUCUGAUUCUGCUUAGGAGAUUACCAAAAAUCUGGCAACUAUAAGGGAUUCCUUUCUUUGCCUACAUGACAAGCCAGCCACCAAUGGAUGGGAAGAAUUCCUCCUGGUCUUACCAGCUCAUGCCAGGAGAUUCCAAUGGGAAAUAUUGGAAUAGCACUGAGGACUACCUGACUUUCUUCUGUGGUCCCCGGAGAAGUCACUUAUUCCUGCCCAUGACGGUAGUAUAUGGCCUGAUCUUUCUGGUUGGAGUCACUGGCAAUCUCUUAGUCUGCCUAGUGAUUCUGAAACACCAGACUAUGAAGACACCUACCAACUAUUACCUUUUCAGCCUAGCCAUUUCAGACCUAUUGGUUCUGCUCUUUGGUAUGCCAUUAGAGAUCUAUGAAAUGUGGUACAAUUACCCAUUCCUCUUUGGGCCGGUGGGCUGUUACUUCAAGACUGCCCUCUUUGAAACAGUUUGCUUUGCAUCUAUCCUGAGUGUAACCACAGUCAGUGUGGAACGGUACGUGGCCAUCCUCUAUCCUUUCCGAGCCAAGUUGGAGAGCACACGGCACCGGGCCCUGAGGAUCCUUGUCAUCCUCUGGAUCUUCUCUAUUCUUUUCUCCCUUCCUAACACAGGCAUACAUGGCAUCAAGGUCUAUCACUUUCCCAACGGGACCUUGAUCCCAGAAUCAGCCACCUGCACUGUAGUCAGACCUAUGUGGAUCUACAAUUUUAUCAUCCAAGUGACUUCUUUCCUCUUUUAUGUCCUGCCCAUGGCUGUCAUGAGUAUCCUCUAUUAUCUCAUGGGACUAAGACUUCGGGGGGACCAAUCUCUUGAAGCUGAAGAAAUGGCUGCAAAUGUUCAGAGACCUUCCAGGAAAUCAGUCACAAAGAUGCUGUUCAUUUUGGUCUUGGUAUUUGCUAUCUGCUGGACUCCAUUCCAUGUUGACCGACUAUUCUUUAGUUUUGUGGAAGAAUGGACUGAAUCUCUGGCUUCAGUGUUCAACCUUGUCCAUGUAAUAUCAGGUGUUUUCUUCUACCUGAGUUCUGCUGUAAACCCCAUCAUCUACAACCUGCUCUCCCACCGAUUCCGUGAAGCCUUUCUAAAUGUGAUCUCCCCCUUGUGCAAACACUGGCAUCCAAAGCAUUCCCCAAGUGUCCCUCCUGCUCAUAAGGAUACCUUCUUACCUGGGGAAUGCCAUCGAACAUCAGUCUGCAGCUCACAUUUGUCCACUGUCCUCUGAACUCCACUGCCAAAGGUGACCUGUGGUGGUCUAUGGCCUUUGAAAAUAAUGUGUGAUUCCAAGGGGAAAAUGGUAUGACAUCUCUUAGUCAAAAAUCUCCCUCCUAAUCUCAAUUUUUUUUUAUCAUCAUAGCUACAUUCCUCAGAUUUCAGUCUUCAGGAGGCUUGUAUUAAAAUGCAAAUAUCUCUGAAAGUAAUGCUUGCUUAAGGUGACAAUUAAAACUUUAAAGAUCAGUUGAUAUUUUGGUCAAAAUUGGACCCAGGAUAGAUUCUGUGGGUAGAAAGAUAAGGGAGACAGGGUAGCAAAAGGGCUGAAAUAGGGGAAGAGAAGAAAAUGAUACUGAGAGAGAGAGAGAUAAAAGGAUAAAUCUGUAUGUAGAGAUAGUGGAUUGAGUGACCAGAGAACUCUACUAAAAUCCUAGCUCUAAUCUUUAGUAAUUAUGUGACCUGAGGCAAGUUACUUCAUAUUUACAAGCCUCAAUGUAGUCUUCUGAAAAAUGGGAGUAUAUAAAUAAUCCUUCUACUAGUUAUAUCACAGGGCUAUCAAGAUUAAAUAAUAUGUGGAAAAAGCUUUUUAACCCUUAAAGUGCUGCAGCAAUGUGCACUGUUUUAUUGCCUCUUAUCUGUGAGUUUUAUGUGCCUUCCUGGGUUUCCUAAUGACCAGCCUGAGAUCCAGGGAAGAUAGUUUCCUCUAGUUAAUUCUCUAUCAUCUGUGAAUAGAAGACAAUAUGUUGAUAUAGUUCCUCAGACUUAAAAGACUUGGUUCAGGUCUCAUCUCUGUCACUAACUUACUAUGAGAUAGUCACUACAGUGUCAGUUUCUCUAUGUAAAAUGAAGUAAGUAGGAAGCAGGGAUCUCUUAGAACCCUUCUAUCUUUAAACUCUGCAUACAUGAGAAAAAUCCAGGGACCCACUGUGGCUACUCACAUCCCACAAGGCAGUAUUGAACCUAGCCAUAGACUAUGACAGUUGAACACAUCGGAUUACAUGUUUCUGCACCUUAUUUAGAGUUGUGAAAAGUCUCAUCCAGGAAAGUAAGAAAUCCCUCACAUUAGUCAGUUUUCAGUACUUAUGGGUACCUGUAAGGUAGCUACUGGGAACAAGUCAACUCUCAAGACCCAACUGUGUACUUCCCAUCUCUCCACCCAGAUAUUUAUUCGAAUAGAGCAAGACUUCUUGAAGAAAUGGGAGUUUUUAUAACACUUUUCAUCACUCCCUGAUUCCCUAAUUGCAUAUCACUCAUUUCACCAAGUUAUAAUCAAACCUCCAUGCCCCAUAAUUCUUUAAAAACAGAUUACGAAGAGAAUCUACAUGUCUUUGUUGCUGUUGCUACUGAUGUUGUUAACAAUUGAGUCUAGAAAUUCCUUGUUUUCAAUUCUUUUUACUGGAAAUCAUUCUAAAAGGUUUAAGUCACUUUCCUGCCUUAAUAGGUAGAGUAUACUAACUACAAUUGCUUAGAUAUUUUCCUUUGGCCACAAAAUCAUUCAAGGCCCCAGGCUUAUCAUUCUGAGAUAUUUGUGCACAGCUAGAGAUGGAGAUAGAGACAUUUGAAAAUAUUGAGAUGAACAUGGAUUAAAUCCAUGAUGCCCCCAAGCAAUUGUUUUCUUCUUUCCCAUUAAGUGUUUGGUGUUAGCUGGUGUUCAAAAUGCUAUUAGAAUCCUAAAAACAGAAUACAAAGGAGAAAAAAAAAGUUAGAUGAGUUGAAUUGAAUUAUAGUAGAUUAAUACAUGAAUAUCCAUUCACAUAAAGCUUCAUUGCUGUAUUUAAAAAUCAACGGUACUAUAAUCAGACCAUUUACUGCCCACUUGGAAGGGGGGGAAAGUAAAAGGGAGAAAUUCUGACUCACAAAAUGUCAGAAAAUAAUUGUCAAAAAUUGUUUCUACAUAUAAUUGAAAAUAAUUUUUUAAUUUUUAAAUGAUACAUAUAUGGACAUCCCCCCCAAAAAAAGCAAUGGUACAAAUAUAGGACUAGGGACAUAUAGUUACAUGAUAGUUGAUGUGAAGAAAACAUAGACUUUUGCUUAAUUCAAACUCAAAUAGGAAUGUGUAAGCAGGCUGCUUCAGUUCCCUUUUCCCGGCUAUGUCUCAAACUAAUGCAAACUUAGCCCGAAUUAAUAGAGAUAUAGUGUCCAAAGCAUGUUGUUGUUCACUCAUUUUUAGCCAUGUCCAAUUUUUGUGACCCUAUUUGGGGUUUUCUUGACAAAGAAAAUAGAAUGGUUAGUCAUUUCCUUUGCCAACUCAUUUUAUAGAUGAAGAACAGGGUCAAGUAAUUUGUUUGGGGUCACACAGCUAGUGUCUAAAGCUGGAUUUGAAUUCUAGAAUAUGUCUUCCUGAUUCCACUGUACAACUCAGCUACCAAAAGCUGUCCAAAGGAUAGGAGAUGGUAAUGCUAUUCUCCUCUCCCUUGGUCAGAUCCAAUCUGGAGUAUCAUAUUCAGUUCUGGGCACCAUAUUUUAGGAAGGAUGCUGGAAGAUCUUGAGAAGGGUGUCCAAGAUAGUAAGUGAACUGAAAAUCACAUCAGAAGAGGAUUGAUUGAAGGAAUUAGAAGUGGUAGCCUGAAGAAGAAAAAGAUUGGGGCAGAGAAAGGUGAUGCUAACUCUUUUCACAUUAUUUGAAGAUCUAUUGUUUAAAUGAUAUGUUGGACUUUUUCUGCUUAUUCAACAGCAAGGAAGGCAAAUUUUGAUCUAUAGGAAGAAAAAGGUCUGAAAAGUUAGAGUUCUUUCAAAGCAGAAAGGUAGUGAGGUAGUGAGAUCUCCUUCAUUGGAGAGCUUUACAUGAAAGCUGGAGAACCAUUUGCUGGAGAAGUUAUAGAAGAAUUUAUUGUUCAGCUAUGGAUUGAUGAUCUCCAAGGCUGAUUCCAAUUCUCAGAUUCUAUGAUUCUAUAGUAGAUUAUAUGAUCAUAGAACAGGAAGUUUAAAAGGAUUCCAUGUAUGGUUGCUUGAGCUCUAUUAAAUGCAAAGUCAAUUGCAGGAACACUUUCCAGUUUCAUGGCUCUGGACAAGUUCAAUGCCUCUGUUGUUUCAUUUGCAAAAAUGAGGAUUUUACUUGCCUACCUGCCUCACAAGGCUUGGCCAGCACCAUUUGAGAAAAUGCAUGGGUGCCAAAGAAUCAAAGUCCUAUGAUAGUAUGUGUUGCUGUUGCUGUUGUAGUUGUUGUUAUUGUUGAUACUUAGAUCUUCAUUGGCUCAAUUCAUCUUGUGUCCUUUUUGAAAUAUGAACUUUCACUUGUAUCAAUCUCACAUGCAUGCAUCUCAGAUAGUAAGUAUGCAGAAGCAUGUAUCAUCUCUCUGUAAAUUAAAUGUCCUAUUUGUAAAAUAAAUGCUUUGUCAUACUAUGUGAUAAUUAUAGGUCACAGAAAAUCAGAGUUAUUUGGCUCAUUGAAAAGAACAGCCACUCAAUAUAAGAUCAUUGGCACAGAGAGAUCCUGUUAAUUCUGGUUUGGAAAUUAUCCUUCAGGGGAAAUGUUAUCUUUAAUGUUGUACAUUGAUAUCUGCUUUCAGAGGUGCAGAAAAUCUAUCAUGUCUGUGUCCACCUUGUACUCAUGUUUACUUAUAGAAAUUGUUCUAUAAAAUUAUUGUGUUUCUCUAAAUCUAUUGUGGAGAUCAAAUGAGAUAACAUAUGUAAAGUACUUUGCAAAUCUUAAAGCACUGAAUGUAUGAAUCCUGGCUACUGUUCCUGGCUAUUGUUGUUGUUGUUGUCAAUGUAGAUAUAAUAUACAAGAGCCUUCCUUCCAAGCUAGAUGAAGAUGUUUAAGUCAGCCAAUGAAAUGAAAAAAAUCUCUGCUCAUAUAUCAUAGCCAAAGCAUUGCCCAGCAUGUUUUCUUAGGUGAUCUACUUUACUACACAGAUAAGUGCAUAUAAAAUGUUAACUUCUACAGGGCAAGAGCUUGCCUUGCUUCAUCUUUGUGUCCUCUUUAGUGCCCAUCAUAAUAUUUUCCAUAUAGAAGUAUUUAAUAAAUAUUUGUUGGAUUAAAUUUGAUUAAUUUAGUUUUUAAAAUUUCUUUAUUUCUUCUACUUGAUAAGAAACUUCUUGAAGGCAGAGACUAUGUUUUAUUUAGCUGUGCCUAGCAUAGUGCCCUAAACAUAGUAGAUAUUUAAUAAAUGAUUGGCCUCUGACUGAAUAAAUAUUACUUCUU